GACCUCCUGACAUUUAACGUCCAAGUGUAUACCGCGGAGAGAGCUUGGCUGGUGCUUGACCUGUCGGGAUCUUUUCCCUGAGACCUUUCUCUCAGACAGACAACGUAUCACCGUAAAUUUAAGCCUAUACGUCUACUUCGCAGUGUGUGAAAAUAAAGACCCGUUUACACUAGACGACAAUCAAAUGGCGUCGCCAGAUGGAGACCACGAAGACGAUUAUUCCACAAUUAUCGACUCGAGUAUUAAGCUAAAUACAAGCAUAGGAAAAGAGCCAACUUACGCAAGAUAUACUAUUACAAUGACUAGCAAUUCGAUAGCGGACAAGAAGACAGACGCUGGUUACUGGUCAUGGAAGCGGUGUCUUGUGCUGUUGGUUGCUGUGCUUGUCGUGGUUUCUCUGGUGUCUGCCUCUGUAGUUGUUACAAUAUAUGUAGUUAGAGCAGACGUAUCUAAAUUGACCGAAUCGCCCACGCUGUUCACUACUCCAAAAGAGUCAACAGUAAAAUGGACAUCCUUGACAUCAACAACAUCAACAACAAUAUCAACAACAGCAAUAUCUACAUCCUUGACAAAGACGAUGCCAGGCAACUGUUCCAAAUCUAAACUGUGCCAUGUCUGUUCAAGUCAUGACACCCGCGGACGAUGCCAGGCAAAUGGAACGGUGCAAUAUAGCAGUACUAAAACAUGCUCCAUGGCUUGUUUUGCCCAAGUCAGGGCAGACGAUUACAAUUAUGUCUUCCGUGGGUGUCUCUCCGAUCAGUUGGAAGCGGUGAUAAAAGCAGCACAGACUGCAGUUGGGUGUUUCGAAGUAGAAAACUUCAUAGGCGCUGGCCUCAGUACAUACUGCCUCUGUUGUGACGAACUCUGCAAUACACAAGAUAUGACUAUAUAUGGCGGAAAGGACUGUUUAACAUCAUCAUUGUGUUAAAUUCUGAUUGAAUGUUCUGUUUGUAAGAAACAAAAACAAAAAAUUAAAACAAUAAAACAACAGUAAGCAACAACAAAAAAAACCUUUAAAAAAAACAAAACAACAACAAAAACACAAACCAACAAAAACCCAAAGAAACAAAACCCCAACCCGUAAUGUUUAUUAAUGUGUUAUGGUUCGUUAGGGAUUGAUCAACGGGUAGUACUUAUAUAAGAUCUCUUACUUCAUUUUACAACUGAGAUUUGUACAUAAACAUGACAGACAGAACAAUAACAAUAAGUGAAUAAUAAACAGACGGAUAUAGGCUGACAUAUUGAUAGACAGAUAGAUAGACAGACAGACGGACAGACAGAGAGAGAGAGACUGAAUUAUUAGAACUUGAAGCUAUAAUCGAAUGUAUCAUAUCAACAUAUCAACUUUAGCUAACUGUUAUUAUUUGAUACAGUACCGAAAAUAAUGUUCUUGGGGAAGUUGUAUUUCCUAAAUGAAAUGUAUCAUAUCAACAUAUCAACUUCAGCUAACAGUUAUUAUUUGAUACAGUACCGAAAAUAAUGUUCUUGGGGAAGUUGCAUUUCCUAAAUGAAAUGUAUCAUAUCAACAUAUCAACUUCAGCUAACUGUUAUUAUUUGAUACAGUACCGAAAAUAAUGUUCUUGGGGAAGUUGUAUUUCCUAAAUGAAAUGUAUCAUAUCAACAUAUUAACUUCAGCUAACUGAAAAUAAUGUUCUUGGGGAAGUUGUAUUUCCUAAAUGAAAUGUAUCAGAUCAACAUAUCAACUUCAGCUAACUGAAAAUAAUGUUCUUGGGGAAGUUGUAUUUCCUAAAUGAAAUGAAUCAUAUCAACAUAUCAACUUUAGGUAACUGUUAUUAUUUGAUACAGUACCGAAAAUAAUGUUCUUGGGGAAGUUGUAUUUCCUAAAUGAAAAAUGUGAUUGGUGUAUAUAUCUUGAACUGUAAUAAUUGUAUAUUUGUAAAAAGUAUAACAGUUUUAUUGUGAGACAAGGGGAGUUAUUUGCCUAUGACAGGUACAAAUAUAAUAUGAAACCUCUCUGCUGAUGGUAUGCGAGUGUGUGAGUGUCCCCAAAACGAAAACUGUACAGUAGUUUUGUCAUGCUACAAUUUCGUGCAAUCUGACUGAAAUUAGCUCGCAUGAUUUAACCAGAUUGUAAUUUCUUGUUUCUUGUAACGCAAUAUAAGAAAUAAAAUGUUAACACAUUCAAA